GCACCGCCUGUCGUUAGCUCUGGGCCCUUCACCUACAAACAUGGAUGGGAAAUGAUGAUAUCCUCGCGCCGAGCUUUUGCGCUCUCGUAACCGCGGCGCGUCGAUUGUCUGUCAACCCGAUUCCGGGCAGUUACCGGUAUUGAGCUCACCGUGGAUCUGGGAAUUUGCGGGUCUGGCGGAGUUUAAUUCAACGUGCGCCGACUCGGCCCGGACUGGGACACCGGCCCGCAGCUUCAGCAUAUGAGACUCACCGAGCUGCACUGGCAAACAGCGGACACUAGGAGCCAUGGACAAGGUAGAGCAUGCUGAACGGGAGCAUCUCAGCCUCCAGGAGCAACAACUGCUGCAGCCACAGCAACCGUACUCGCCCCUAGCAUCUUCCGGCCGCUCUUAUACAUCGGGAAGCAACACGGUCCCAAUGACCGAGGAGGAACUGCAAUCCAGCUCCUUACACAGCCCGUAUACCCCGAGCGCGGCUUCAGUUAACCUACCCACCGGCCACAACAACACUCUUUACAUACCCCGCUCACCCACACCACCGCCUUAUUCAGGCCCAUCAACCCCGGCUCAGGAACCGAUUCCGCCUCACUCGCCAUCCGCGAAACCUCCGCCACGGUACCCGGGUCUCCCUGCAUUAGACUACCGUCUCUACAACCCUCCGUUAUUCGAGCUCUCGGCGGACAAAACCACCAUCCGCACCACGGUCCCCUACCUCUCCACCAACGCGGAAGCUCUGGUGGCUCUCAUCCGGCAGCAAGCCACGGUCCCUCCCAAGCCGCAAAUCCACAUUGUUGGCCGGCGUGGGGGCAGCCCCGGCAGCGGGCGGGUGGACUUUUCGCUGAAGCUCAACCUCAUGCCGCUGCUGGUGCCCGAGGACCCGCGGCAGCGGAUGGACUACUUGCGGUGCGUUGGGCCCGGGGAGGUGGCGUUCCGCGGGGGCAGCAAGCCUUCGACGCAGCCCGAGGCGGCGACGGCCGACGGCGACGGCGGCGGGCUGGAGGCUUGGGCAGCGCGCUUCGUCGCCGACUCGGCUAGCGUCAAGUCAUUUGCCUUGGAGCGCGUCGUGGCCAACCUGGACGUUCACUGGCUCGAGGGCCAGAUUAGGGCGCUGAUUGCGGGCAUGAAGUAUCCCGGCACCGUGUCCGUCACGUUCCCCAUCACACACUGCAAGGUCGUCGUGCAGAACCCGGACCGUGUGAAUAAGUUCUUUACGAGCGUCACCGGCUUCUUCGCGGGGAAGAGGAAGUAUGAGGUUGUCAAGGCCGUCUGGCCGUUUGCGACCAUGCAUCGGGCUGGUGAAGGCGAAAGGAGAUGCGCAGUGCAAAGUGAGGAGGUUUGGUGGAGGGAGUGGCAAGAACCGAUCCGCUACGGUAUUUACUGCUACCCGGGAGUUCAUUCAGAAGAAUUGCUCUACUGACUCUGAUGACAGCUAUCGCGGCGAAACGGCACGGUUGGCUCACCAACGAAGACAAACUCGAG